AAUAUGUUCCUUCCUUGUCUGUGACUGUGGUUUUUGUUAUGAUUGAAAGCAAUAUUUUCAUGAAAAAAUAAAAUUAGUUUACAGCUUCAAUUCAAAUAGCUACGAACUGUACCGAAUUAAUCAGCAGUGUUUAUAGUUUAUUCAAAUCAAAGGUCUUAACUUCUCUCUUGCGGCCUGCAAGGAAAGGACUAGCGACGAGCAAUGGAGGGUAGUGUAGAUUCUGCGGAAGAAGAAGCGCUGCGGGCCGAUGUGAUGGUGGAGGCCAACAAUGAUGCAGAGGAGCAGCAGUUUGACAUUGCCUUGGCUGCUUCACAUUCUUACAUGGGACCCUCGCUGGAGACGGGCAGCGGGCGCGGGCGCGCGCGCGUGGAGGCGGGCUGGGAGGGCCGCGUGCCGGUCAUGGCGCACCACGGCAUCGUGUUCCCCGGCGAGACCGUGCCCAUGCUGUUCACGGAGGACGUCGACAUCCUGUCGGAGGCCAUCCAGCAGGACAAGCUGUUCGGGCUGCUGUGCCCCGACGAGGGCGGCGCGGCGCUGUCGGGCUACGGCGUGCUGUGCGAGGUGUACGAGGUGCUGGCGGCGCCCGCGGGCGUGCAGCGGCGCUCGCCGUCGCCGCCACUCGUGUCGUUCAAGGCGCGCGCCACGCACCGCUUCCGCUGCCGCCAGCUGCCGCGCCGCGCGCUCACCGCGCACGCCUUCGACCGCCUGCGCUUCAUGGACGUGCGCGUGCUGCCCGACGUGCGCCUGGCCGACCCGCUGCGCGCCGCGCGCCUCGCCGCGCUCGACCCGCUGCGCGCCGAGGACGAGCGGGCGGUACGGCUGCGCAGAAUGGACGCGGCGCUGACGCCGUGGCCGCUCUUCGUGUACGAGAUCUUCGACUUCCGCCGCAUGCGCCGCACCAUCCGCGACUACUUCAAGACCCUGGGGAUAGACGACGUCCCCGAGGACGCCGUGACGCUGUCGCACUGGACCGCGUCCAACCUGGCGCUGACGCCGCGCGACCGCCUGGCGCUGUUCGUGGUGGACGACGCGCUGCUGCGCCUGCACAUGGAAGUGGGGUUCAUCAUGGAGAAAAGCGUGUUGUGCUGCGCGGCGUGCGAGGUGGAGAUCGCGCGCCGCGAGCAGAUCUUCGCCAUGUCCACCGAGGGCGUGCACUCCAACUACAUCAACUUGGGCGGGUUCGUGCACGACGUGGUCACGGUGUCGUCCGUCCGCAACACGCGCCUGAGCGGUGCGCCGUCGGCCGAGUACUCGUGGUUCCCCGGCUACGAGUGGACCGUCGCCGUGUGCGCCAUGUGCCACGCGCACGUCGGCUGGAGGUACGUGUGGACCGGCGCCCGAGCGGUGCGCCGUCGGCCGAGUACUCGUGGUUCCCCGGCUACGAGUGGACCGUCGCCGUGUGCGCCAUGUGCCACGCGCACGUCGGCUGGAGGUACGUGUGGACCGGCGCCCGAGCGGUGCGCCGUCGGCCGAGUACUCGUGGUUCCCCGGCUACGAGUGGACCGUCGCCGUGUGCGCCAUGUGCCACGCGCACGUCGGCUGGAGGUACGUGUGGACCGGCGCCCGAGCGGUGCGCCGUCGGCCGAGUACUCGUGGUUCCCCGGCUACGAGUGGACCGUCGCCGUGUGCGCCAUGUGCCACGCGCACGUCGGCUGGAGGUACGUGUGGACCGGCGCCCGAGCGGUGCGCCGUCGGCCGAGUACUCGUGGUUCCCCGGCUACGAGUGGACCGUCGCCGUGUGCGCCAUGUGCCACGCGCACGUCGGCUGGAGGUACGUGUGGACCGGCGCCCGAGCGGUGCGCCGUCGGCCGAGUACUCGUGGUUCCCCGGCUACGAGUGGACCGUCGCCGUGUGCGCCAUGUGCCACGCGCACGUCGGCUGGAGGUACGUGUGGACCGGCGCCCGAGCGGUGCGCCGUCGGCCGAGUACUCGUGGUUCCCCGGCUACGAGUGGACCGUCGCCGUGUGCGCCAUGUGCCACGCGCACGUCGGCUGGAGGUUCGAGGCGUGCAGACGCAACCUGCGGCCGCAGCAGUUCUACGGGCUGUGCCGCAACGCCGUGCACCCGCGCUUCUCGCCCGCGCGCGCCGCGCCCCCCGGCGCCCAGCGCCCCCCGCGCCCCCCGCGCCACCACUUGGACCCGGACCUGCUCAUCGUGGAGUACUUCGUCUCGGAGCUUGGGCGGUACGCAGCGCGCCACGCACCGGACCGCGCACCGGACGGCGCACCGAACCUCGCACCGGACCUCGCAUCGGACCACGCACCAGAUGACGCACCAGACGACUCAUCAGACCACUCGCCGCCAGACUCCCCGCCAGCACAGUAGCCGUUGCUUCGAACAACGCGCGGCGGAAACGUGACGUAAUAGGUGAUCUUGCAUUGAUUGUGAAAUGAAUGAUGUUCUAACUUAUCUGCCGACGUCCUCGUCGUAGCAGUUUGCGUGCGAGCGCGACUCCACCGGAGCCGCAUGCGGUGCCGCUUCGUGCCGCUCGCUGCAGCAGCAGACGAGUGGUCGGAAGCGUCGGCACGCAUGCCGCGACCCGGUUGUGAGUGACGUAACCAACACUGUGCACAGAGAAAAGACUGGUUGUUACGUUUCAAGGAUAUUUGAUAUAAAUUUUGGAAAUAUAAGAUGGUAAUCUUGAACCCACCAGCGACCCUCAGUGGGUCGGUAAAGUCGAAUGUUGAGAGAUAUGGUCCAUUUCGGACCAGGUUUUUAAUUUUAUAUGUUUAUUAAGAUAAAAAAGUACGGAUUCUUUUUUGAACAAAAUAAGUUAAUACGCACUAAAUAAUAUGUAAGAGAUAAUGCAUUGCAUGCAGCCCCGAGUUUUUGAAGUGUUAUAAAAAGGCAAGUGCAGGAAUCCUUCCAAUGUGCAGUUCUACGCUUGUAACACAACGUAUGAAUUCUGAAAGAAAUCUUCGACGUCAUAUUGCUAGAAUGUAAUAAAAAGUGAAUUCGUAUAUUUGAAUAAUCCAAAAUAGUUUCAAUAUUUAUGGUAUAUUAGUUCAAUGGAUGUACAAAGAUCAAGGCUACACACAAUUUUGGACCAUCUGCCUUAACAUUAAAAAAUGUGCUGGGAGUGUGGUCUCUUCUAUUCUAUAGUUAUAAUAAAAACCGUAACAGGUCAAAAUAAAAAUAAAAUUUUGUUGACCGGGCGUCACCAAUAUAUAUGUAUACCCAAAUUUAACAAUUUUUGUAAUUAAAACCCUCUCGCCUCUCCUUCCGAUGAGCGGAAACUAUGCCAAAACAGACAGACCGACAACAACUUUAACACAUGUUACUACUUGUGUAGUGUGUUUUCCUUCGUUGUUGCCUUUGCACUACGUUUACUAUGUUUUCUACUACUUUCAUUGUUAUUGUUUUUUGUCCAAUAAAGUAUAAAUAAAUAAAAUAAAUCUUCUAUUAGGUAUGUUGUCCCAAGUAAAUUUUGUCAAUUUUAUUCAGUGUAGUUUAUCGAUUUGAUCGAUAUCGAUGUACGCUCCUGUUACAUCAGUAUGUGCUCUGAUGUGCCUCUACUGGAGAAGCGGUAGGUAUUUGAGAGGUAUACUUCUGAAGAUACAAUGACUAUACGAGUGAUUGAUUAUUAUAUUACAAUGCGCACCACUCAUUGUAAUCUAUGACAUGAACUUAGCGAGUGUUUGACUUUAGAGAAGUGUAACAUUCUAUGCGCGACAUACGACAAGUAUCGCAAUAAAAAAUAUUACUUAUUUUAUAAAUAAAUUUCUAUUACAUAUAUUA